AUGACUAAUAAUCGUGUUUUAAAACCCUAUUGUGAUGUGUUUAUCAACCAUAGAGGAACCGACACGAAACGUACCGUAGCUACAUUGCUUUACGAUCAUCUUUCUAGGUUUAAUCUAAAACCUUUCUUGGAUAACAAGAAUAUGAAGCCAGGUGAUAAGUUGUUUGAUAAUAUUAAUGAAGCAAUUAGGCAAUGUAAAAUAGGGUUAGCUGUUUUUUCUCCUCGUUAUUGUGAGUCAUACUUUUGCCUGCAUGAACUUGCUCUUAUGAUGGAGACAAGAAAGAAAGUUAUUCCGAUCUUUUGUGACAUUAAGCCGUCGGACCUUCACGUCGUCGGAAAUGGACAAUAUUCCGAUGAGGAGAUUAUUAGGUUUAAUCAGGCGAUUGAAGAAGCUAAAUACACUGUUGGCCUUACAUUCGACUCUUUAAAAGGGAAUUGGUCUGAAGUGGUGACAAGUGCGUCCGAUAUUGUUAUCAGUAGCUUGAUUGAGAUUGAGAGUGAAAAACUUUUACAUCUUAGGAAGGUGCCAAUGCAUGGAAUAUGA